UUGCACUGUCUGACACUCCCUGCUAGAUACAUCCCUGCUCUGCAACAUUGUCUAUUUCGUGUAUAAUCCUCGGUUCCACCCUUUCUCCUCCGGUUGUGUGAUCCGCUUAGUGACUGUCUUGCAAAGGUUGUUUCACAGGUUAUCCAACAGGGUUAUCCACAUUUAUCCAUUGACAUACCCGGAGCUCUAUCCAGUAGUACCAGCUACCCAGCCUAAGCUGUAUAUCCUACGAAUCCAAUCUCGAAUUUACGAGCUCCAGUCUAACUCCUUUCUCGCUCCAGCCUAACUUCUUUCUCGCUUCAACCUAGUUCCUUUCACGCUUCAACUCAUAUCCUCUUUCACGCUUCAACUCAAAUCCUCUUUAUCAACUAUUUGUUCCCCAUGUCGUACUCUUCCCAGCUCGACGCGUUUGUGUCGCGCCUCCAGGAGGAUGUCGAUUGCAAAACGAAACACUCAAUCCUUUCAGAACUCCUCGACAUGAUUGAAACCUUCAGCGGCUCCACCGAGUACGAGUACUUCUUGAAGUCUCUCAUGCCCAUCUUCAUUGAAUACCUCGAUACGGUGCCCAUCAGCUUCUCGGCGCAGUCGCCAGAGCACAAGCUCCGUAACACGGUGCUCGAAAUCGUCCACCGCUCGGUGAUGAAUGAGACGUUCCAGCCGUAUGCCCUCCCGAUUCUCGAAGUGCUCCAACGGAUUCUUCGCGACGAAAACGAGGACAACGGGGUGUUGUGCAUCAAGAUCAUCACCAGUCUCCAUAAGGCGUAUAAGGGCGUGCUCGUGGACAACGUGCAGGCGUUCAUUGACCUCAUCAUCGAGAUCUACACCAACAUUGCGCCGCUCGUAGCAGAGACGUUUGCGGCCACGGAGAAUAUGGACGAAAAGCCGUUGAACCGCGCAAUGGCGUCGUUCAAAACUGUCGCCGAGUGCCCCAUCACCAUGGUGUCGCUCUACUCGUCGUACAAGCCGUUGGUCAACACGUGCUUGCCGGUGUUUAUCCCACACGUAAUCGACAUCUUGACGCUCGAGGCCGCACCACAGGCGGCCGCGCGCACGGUGGCUGAGGCGCGUGGCGAACGCCUCACGUCUGUUGCCGCGGGCAUCGCAAACCGUGCGGCCUUUGGCGACUUCGUGCUCGGCCAGGUCAAGGCCGCGUCGUUUCUCGCGUACAUCUUCAUCCGCGGCUACGCCCCGGUGUUCCUCAAGCCGUACCAUAAGACGAUUCCCGAUCUCAUUAUGCGCAUCCUCCAGGAUUGUCCGUCGGAGCUCUCAGGUGCGCGUAAGGAGCUUCUCCACUCGACACGCCAUAUUCUCCUGACGCCGUUCCGCUCCAUGUUCCUCCCAAAAUGUGACCUCCUCUUUGACGAGCGCGUGUUGGUCGGCGACGGGCUCACCGCACAUGACACGCUCCGCCCGUUGGCGUACAGCACCGUCGCAGACUUCAUUCACAACGUGCGAGCUGAGUUGACGGCCGAGCAGAUCUUCCAAACAGUCCAGAUGUUCUGCCGCAUUCUCCAGGACGACACGUUGGCAUUGACGGUGCAGAUCAUGAGCUCCAAGUUGUUGUUGAACCUCGUGGAGAGCAUUAUGAAGUUGCCCGAGAAGGGCGAGAGCCGCCAGUUGUUCAUGCAGAUAAUCGACGCGCACAGCAAACGGUUUGUGACGUUGAACCGCAAGUACGACGAGGUAAUGUGGGGGAAGCGCGAGUUUGAAAGAAAGCGAAAGGUGGUGGAAAAACGGAAGGAGGCGUUUGCGGCACGGGGCGAGACCCCCUCCAUAUCUGCUGGUGUCGCUGAUGCCGACGGUGACAUUAAAAUGGAGGAUGAAAAUACUGACAAUCUGGCCCCCUCCGAAGAGACGGUGGGGGAUUCAGACCCAUCGGUUGCUUCAGAUUACGUUUUGAUCUCCGUCACUCCACCCUCCACCUCCGACCCGCUCAAAGACGCGUGCUACCUCUUCCGCUCGCUCAUGUCGUUCCUCAAGUCCGUGAUUUUCGGACUCAAGUCGUGCAACCCACCACCGCCCACACCCGACUACAACCUCGAGACGUGGAACACGUCCGCCAAGAUUUUCACGUAUGAAGAGAUCAAUAUCCUCCGUUCGCUCUUCCGCGAGGGGAUCCUGGGACUCCGCUUCUUCCAGACACCCAAGCCGGAGGCACGCCCCGCGUCGUUUGACAUUGCCGGGCCAAACAUCCCGGUCACUUCCAGCAAGGAGGAGAACGAAAUCAUGGAGAUCUUUGCCACCAUGUUCAUCCACAUCGACUCGGCCACGUUCAACGAAAUCGUGCACUUCGAGAUGCCGUUCCUCUAUGCAGCGAUGCUUGAGAACCUGGCGUUGUUGCACAUUCCGCAAUUUUUCCUCGCGAACGAAAUCACGUCGCAAAACUUCCUGGGGCUCCUCACGCUGUUUGCCAAAUCCAAGCUAGCAGAGCUCGGUGAGGUGGAUGUGGUCAAGCUGAAUAUUCUCAUCCGCCUCUUCAAACUCUGCUUCAUGUCGGUGAACCUCUUUCCCACCGUCAACGAAGCAGUCAUCCUCCCCCACUUGAACGACUUGAUCCUCCAGUCGCUCCAGCUCACCACCACCGCCAAGCAGCCCAUGGUGUACUUCUACCUCAUCCGCACGCUCUUCCGCAGCAUCGGCGGCGGCCGCUUCGAGCACCUCUACAAGGAGAUCAUGCCGCUUCUCCAAGUGCUCCUCGAGACGUUGAACCGCAUGAUUCAGACGGCGCGCCACCCCCAGGAGCGCGACAUCUACGUCGAGCUCUGCUUGACCGUCCCCGUCCGUCUAUCCGUCCUCGUGCCUCACCUUAGCUACCUCAUGCGUCCACUCGUGUUUGCACUCAACGGGUCGCAGGAACUCGUAUCGCAGGGUCUCCGUACGCUUGAGCUCUGCGUGGAUAACCUCACGGCCGAGUACUUUGACCCCAUCAUCGAGCCCGUCAUCGAGGAGGUCAUGGAGGCGCUCUGGAAGCACCUUAAGCCGUUGCCAUACUACCACCAACACUCCCACACCACCUUCCGCGUGCUCGGCAAGCUUGGCGGGCGCAACCGGCGGUUCGUUAAGCCCGCACAGAACCUCAGAUCGCAGACAGCGCUCGACCAGGAGGUGGAGGCGUUCUUUAAGAUUGACGGCUUGCCGGAAGAGGCGCCUGUCAGUAUCACAUCGGGGAUCACCGCGGCGCUCACGCUCUUGGAGGACCCGCGCUUGAAGAUUCACUACCGUGUGAGCGCGUUCCAGUACCUCUCAGGCGUGCUCAAGUUGUUCGUGGAUGCCGAGGCGAUGGGCGACGGGUUUGAACACCAGAUUGCCGCGUGCGCGCGCGUGUUGGCCGCACAGUCGGAAACGGCCACAGACUCUGCAGACGCUCCCGCAGCGCUUGAAGAAGGCAUCGUCGUCGACAAAGCCAAGCUCACGCGCCAGCAAGCCUUGUUCCUCCGCCUCCUCGAGGCCAUGUUCUACGCGGUCUCCAUUCCCGAGGUGGCAGAUGCCGCGCAGACCCUUCUCGCCGGCCUCUACACCCACGCGACGCUCCUAUACAUUGGCAAGUUUCUUGUCCAAAAGCGCAAGAACGACCGGCCGUUCUCCACGGCGGACCAUGAGGGCCGUGUGUUCAUCGACGAGCGUGUGUUUGUGGAUGCCAUCGUGGAUGCGCUCAGCUUCUACGUAAAGGAAGUACGCAGCGCGGGGGUCGACGCGAUCAAGACGGUGUUCCGCGUGAGUGCAGCGGUGUUUGCGUCCGCGACGCAGUUCCCACUCCUCCGCUUUGUGUUCAACACGUUCGUGCAUACGUGCUACGAUGAAGCAUACUACCGCAAACUUGGCGGUACGGUCGGGCUCCAAACAUUGAUCGAAGACCUCGACGUACCGGUCUCGUGGUUUGCGCCACGCCAGUUCGAGUGCACGCGCGCGCUCUUCUUCGUGUUGCGUGACAGCCCGAGCGACGCGCCGCACGAGGUGCGUGCGACGGCACGGCGCUUGAUCUACAAGCUUCUCCGCGAGUGCAACCGUGACCUCCCGGCGGCGGAGGCGGCAGAGAAGCCGUUCCAGACGUUUGUCGCGUCGUUGGUGUACGACCUAGGGAACGCAAACCUGGAGGUGCGCGAAACGGCGCAGGAAGCGCUCCGCAUCCUCGCGACAACCACGAAUAUCCCACUCGCGAAGCUCAUCGAGCCGUCCAAGAAUGUGCUCCUCACCCCAAUCUUCGGCAAGCCGCUCCGCGCACUCCCGUUCCCAAUGCAGAUCGGGAACCUCGACGCGAUCACGUUCUGUCUUGGGCUCGAGAACACGUUUCUCCAGUUCAACGAAGAACUUAACCGCUUGCUCAUCGAGGCGUUGACGCUUGUGGACGCGGAGGACGAGUCACUCACCUCUGCGAAUCGUGUGUUCGAGUACCGUACAUCGGAGCAGUUGGUGAAGCUCCGCGUCGCGUGCAUCCGGCUCCUCUCGCUCGCUCUCAACAACGCAGAGUUUGUCGCGUCGCGCGGUGGCCAAACGCGCAUCAAGAUUCUCGCGGUGUUCUUCAAGACGUUGUGUGCCAAGUCGUCGGAGGUGAUUAACGCGUCGCACAUGGGGCUCAAGCUGGUGCUCUCGCAGAACGCCAAGGUGCCGAAGGAGUUACUCCAGAGUGGCCUCCGCCCGAUGCUCAUGAACCUCCUGGACCACAAGAAGCUCACGGUACCUGGCCUCGAGGCGCUUGCCAGACUCUUGGAGCUCCUCAUCUCCUACUUCAAGGUGGAGAUUGGCCGCAAGUUGCUCGAUCACUUGAUGGCGUGGGCGCAGCCCGCGACUCUCCACCAAAUCUCGGCCCAAGAGCUCGACAGCAAUCCAACCGUCCAGAUCAUCGUCGCCAUCCUCAACAUCUUCCACCUCCUCCCGCCAAAGGCGUUCACCUUUAUGGACGAGAUCAUGAACACGUUGCAGUACCUUGAGGAGCACUUGCACCGCCGCCAGACAUCGCCAUUUCGCGCGCCCGUUGCCAAGUUCCUCAACCGCUUUGCGCCCGAGACGUUCCAGUACUUUGCACUCAAGUUUGGCGUGCGUCAGACCGGCACGCGCUGCGCGUAUUUCGUAGGGCUCGAGGCGUGCGCCCAGCUCCGCGCACAUGUGAAGCAGAACUUGGACAAGUUGUACGACGCGUUGGCCGCGCAAACGGCGCCGGAAGUCAAAUGCGUAAUGUUUGCGAACCUCGUGGACGUGAUCCGCGCUAUCGCGCCGUACGACGCGGCUUGGUUGUGCGCACAGCGCCCGAUGCUCGCACAGCUCGCAGACGUCAUGAAGGACGUGUUGGCUAUCGGCGCGCAGGCGCCAUUCAUUUCCCCGGUCCACUUCCAGGUAUCCCAAGCCGUUGAGCAGUUGCAGGUGGUUUUCGUCGAAACUCAGGCCCAGACAAAGCCCGAGACGGCUGAGCCCUCUAAGGCCCUUGAGGAUGCCGACGUCAAAAUGGAGGACGCCGCCAAACCCGAAGACUCUGAAGCCUUGGUAGUCAAGCCUGACGCGGUGGAGGCUCCGUUGGUCUUAGAUACCGCCACCGCCGUGUCUUCGGUGGUGUCGUUCCUCGACAUCCUCUGCACGCUGGGGCUUCCCCUCUCCCAUACCUUUGAGGACUUUCUCCACUCGGAAGUCAUCCAGAGCGACGACGUGAGUCUCCGGCAAACGUUCCUUGCGCAGUGCGUCGCAUUCGCGACAGCGUCGUCAUCCCUCCCCACCAAGAUCUUCCUUUUCAAGCACCUUGUCAAUCCAAUCCUCAUGUCCGAGUGCCGUCGCCACGGUAGCCUCGAUCGCCUCGUGGCAAAGCGCGACGGCAAGAUCCCCGCAUGGUUGGAGCUUGUACAUGCAAAGGUCUGGAAGUCGUCCUCCGAUAUCAUCACGGUGCCGACCGCGGGCGGUGUGGACAGCUACCGCUUUGAGUUGUUGCAGAUGACGGCGAUCUGCAUCAAGUGGGCGCCUGCGGUGGUGGGCGAACUCCGUAAGGACGUGAUCAAGUUCUCGUGGAACUACAUCCGCCUCGACGACAACAUCACCAAACAGACCGCGUAUGUGGUGACAUCCUACUUCAUCGCGGCGUACGACACCCCCGUCAAGAUUGUCACCCAGGUGUUUGUCGCGUUGUUGCGGGCACAUCAGGCCGACACUCGCUACUUGGUCAAGCAGGCGCUCGACUUGCUCGCACCCGCAAUGCCGAGUCGCAUGGCGCAGGGCUCGCCUGUUAGCUGGCUCAAGUGGCCGCGACGCGUGCUCUCUGAGGACGGGUUCACGGUGACACAGGUACUUAACGUGUACCAGUUCAUUGUGCAACACCCGGAUUUGUUCUAUGUCGCCCGCGACCAGUUCAUCCCGAACGUGAUCACGGCAAUGGGGAAGCUCACGAUUCUUGCGAACCCCUCGGUGGAGAACCAGGUGUUGGCCAUUGACCUUGCGGAGAUGAUUUUGCGCUGGGAGGAACGCGCACGCGCAGAGCGCGAAGCCACACGGGGUCAAGCGACCGAGUCGCACGAGGAUACACGCGAGGACUCGAACUCGGUUGCCCACGUGGACUCACGCGCACGUACGGAAAGGCGCGAAAGCGACUCCCUCACGCCUCGUGCGUCGCGUUCGGAACGAGCAACCUCCCCCGACACCACCCCAACCUCCUACACCAUCCCAUACGGCCUCCGCGAAGCGUGCAUCACCUUCCUCGUACGCUACGUGUGCCUCAGCCAGACACGCGCGUCUGAGUCCGACCUCGGUCAGCGCGCGCUCACGACCCUCCACCAGCUCCUCGGCCCGGUCUACUGGUCUGACGUGGUGGUGAAGCUCCAGUUCUUUGACAAAUUCCUUGUGUCAGCGGACUUCAGCAAUACCAGCAUGCUCGGGUUCUGUCUCAACGCACUCGAGGUGCUCGCGGUCACGCUCGAGUGGCAGACGGCCGCGUGGAUCGUGGAGCAUCUCACGCAGUUGGAGACACUUCUCGACAAGUGUCUCCGUUCUGAUAACCAUGAUGUCCAGGAGGUGCUCCAGCGCGUGUUACGGAUCAUCCUCGAGGCGAUCAACGAGCACCAGAAAACGCAGGAGGAGGAGUCUGAGGAGAUCCGCGCGUUCCUCACGUCGCUUACCACGAUUGUUCAGGAUGACCUCGGGGGUAUGUCCUCGGUCGCGGCAGGUGUGACGAUAUGCUGGACGCUCGCGACGCACAGCCCCGCGUCGCUCGACCUGCUACUCCAACCGAUCAUGCGCACGUUCCGCAAACUCUUCAACGAUCACAUCGCGAUCUCGCACGGUGCAGAAGCGCCGACGUCAGAGUACGAAGCUAAGAUGACGACAAAGCUUCUUGAAAAGAUCCUCAACUUGUCGCUGAUGCGGAUCCUGAACCUCGGCGACCAGCGCCGCGUGUUCCUCACUCUCCUCGCGCAGUUGAUCGAGCGCUCGCUCGACAAGGACCUCCUCCAUAAGAUCAUCGCAAUCGUACGCGGGUGGGUCUUCUCCAAAACGGAUUUGUUCCCGACAACGAAGGAGAAGGCGGGUAUCCUCCAGAAGAUGAUGGUCUUUGAGGCGCGCGGUGAGAUGGAACUUGCGCGUGAGUACUACUCGAUUGUCACGGAUAUCUUUGAGGACAAGACAUUAAGCUGCACCGAGCUCACAGUGCGCAUGGAGCACCCGUUCUUGGUGGGAACCCAUCUCAGCGACGUGAAGGUGCGGGAACGCUUGGUUGCUAUCUUGAACGAUAGUCUCGAGAGAGAUAUUGCCAAGCGGUUGUACUACAUUGUGCGCGAGCAGUCUUGGGAGGCAAUCUCAAACUAUCCGUGGACGAACCAGGCGCUUCAGCUUUUGUUUGGUUCGUUUGAUGGGGAGUAUAAGUUGAGAUUGGUGGAUGGGGAGUACCGACUCGCGGGAUUAUCCAAUAUCACGGAAGGGUUAGUCGAGAGUACUGCGGAGGAAGGUACCGAGGGGCUUCCGGCUGAUGCUUCCACCGAAUCUGGUGGAGUUACAGGAGAGCUCGUUCCUGGUCAGGCCCUUUCUAAAAUCUUGGGUUCCCACCAGGCAUUCCUCACCUCGCUUAGAACGCUCUCUGCCGGUGAUUUGCUCGCCCCCCUCAUUGGCAUCUUCUACCAGAGCGCCGAAACUAUCCACGCGGCGUGGGUCAACCUCUUCCCCGUAGCGUACUCCGCCAUCCCUCCUGACGACAAGAUGGCGUUCUCCCGCUCACUUGUCGGCCUCCUCUCCAAGGACUAUCACACACGCCAGAUGGACAGCCGGCCGAACGUGAUCCAGUCGCUCUUGGAGGGUGUCGGGCGUUGUGACCUCCAGCUCCCACCGCACCUUGUCAAGUACCUUGGGAGCACGUAUGACGCGUGGUACCCGGCGAUCCGUUUGCUAGAGGCGGUCGAUGCGACCGAAGCAAACGCAAAGGUGCGCGACGCGAACCAGGACGCGCUCGUGGAGAUGUACGCGACGCUCCAGGAGGACGACAUGUUCUACGGGUUGUGGAGGCGCCGUGCCAAGUACUUUGAAACAAACGCGGCGCUCCUGUUCGAACAGCUCGGGCUCUGGGACAAGGCGCUUCAGUUGUACGAAGCGGCCCAGAUCAAGGCGCGCAGCGGCGCGUUGCCGUACGGUGAGGCUGAGUACGCCCUCUGGGAAGACAACUGGAUCGUGUGCGCGGAGAAGCUCCAGCACUGGGACGUACUCACGGAGCUCGCAAAGCACGAGGGGUUCACGGAUCUCUUGCUCGAAUGCGGAUGGCGCGUGGCCGACUGGACCGCGGACAAGGAGCCGCUCGAACAGUCGGUGAAGACGGUGAUGGAUGUGCCGACGCCGCGGCGACAGGUGUUCGAAACGUUCCUCUGUCUCCAGGGCUACUCGCAACAGAAGGAGACGAUCCAGGAGUUGUCCAAGUACUGCGACGAGGGCAUCCAGUUGGCGCUUCGCAAGUGGCACGCGCUCCCGCUGCGCUUCACCCAGGCACACGUACCUCUCCUCCACACGUUCCAGCAGUACGUGGAGUUCAUGGAGGCGAGCCAGGUGUACGGCUCGCUCCUCACCACCACGGCCCAGAACCUUGACGUCAAAUCCCAGGAGCUCAAAAGGGUGUUGCAGGCGUGGAGAGAACGCUUGCCCAACGUCUGGGACGAUAUCAACUGCUGGAAUGACCUUGUGACGUGGCGCCAGCACGCGUUCGGGGUCAUCAACCGAACGUACGUCCCGUUCAUUCCGGCGAUCCAGCAGGCGAACGGUAACGCGACAGCCAACUCGUACGCGUACCGCGGCUACCACGAGAUUGCGUGGGUUAUCAACCGCUUCGCGCACGUCGCGCGCACGCACAACAUGCCAGAGGUGUGUAUCAACCAGCUCGCGAAGAUCUACACGCUCCCGAACAUCGAGAUCCAGGAAGCAUUCCUCAAGCUUCGCGAGCAGGCCAAGUGCCACUACCAAAACAUGAACGAGCUCAACACGGGAUUGGACGUGAUCAGCAACACGAACCUUGUAUACUUUGGCACUCAGCAGAAGGCCGAGUUCUUCACGCUCAAGGGCAUGUUCCUUGCCAAGUUGAAGGUUCAGGACGAGGCCAACCAGGCGUUCGCGCUGGCCGUCCAGAUCGAUCUCAACUUGCCCAAGGCGUGGGCCGAGUGGGGGUUGUUUAAUGACCGGAGGUUUAAGGAGAAUCCAGCGGAUAUCGUCUACGCGAACAACGCGAUUUCGUGCUAUUUGCAGGCCUCGGGGUUGUACAAGAACGGCAAGACGCGGAAGUUGCUUUCGCGGAUCUUGUGGUUGCUCAGCUUGGAUGACGCCGGGAAGACGCUUACCCAGGCGUUUGAUAACUACAGGGGCGAGGUGCCGGUGUGGUACUGGAUUACGUUCAUUCCGCAGUUACUCACGUCGUUGUCGCAUAAGGAGGCGUCGCUGGUGAGGCUGAUUCUUAUCCGAAUUGCCAAGAGCUAUCCGCAGGCGUUGCACUUCCAGUUGCGAACGACAAAGGAAGACUUUGCCGUGAUACAGCGCCAGGCGGCGGCAUACACAAGCGCCAACACUGGUGCGGCCAACCCUGGUGCUGCCAGCCCUGCUGCGGCAAACUCUGGAGCGGCCAACCCUGCAGCGACUAAUUCUGGUGCGGCCAAUCUUGGUGGUGAAAUUACUGCUAAUGGUAAUGCUAUUAAUGCUGGUGGUAAUGCCAGUGCUGGGAAUGCCAAUGCUGGGAAUGCCAAUGCUGGGAAUACCAAUGCUGGUAGUAAUGGCUCCGCCCCUGGUGCGUCUCUCGGCCGCCAACCAUGGGAGCAUGUGGACGAAAUCAUGGGUAUCCUCAAGACCGCCUACCCCCUCCUAGCGCUCUCCCUCGAAUCGCUUGUCGACCAGAUCUCCCAGCGUUUCAAGUGCAACGCGGACGAGGAUGCAUACCGCCUCGUCAUCGCGCUCCUCAACGACGGGGUUCAGUAUCUCAACCGCCUCCCAAACCCCCGCGAUGACAUUCCAUUGCCACAGGCCACGGAGCAGAACAUCACGCGCUUUGCGGGAACGGUCCUUCCGAAACACAUCCGCGCGGAAUUCCAGCGUGACCUCAUCGACAGCAAGCCAAACUUGGAAACGUAUAUUCGCAAGUUGCGUAAGUGGCGCGAUCGCCUCGAGGCGAAGCUUGACCGCCGUUUCGGCAGCGUCAAUCUCGAAACGCUCUGUCCGCACCUCAGCGAGUUCCACUACCAAAAGUUUGAAGACAUUGAGAUUCCCGGGCAAUACCUUAUGAACAAGGACAACAACAACCACUUCAUCAAGAUCGAGCGCUUCUUGUCGACACUCGAUCUCGUGCGCGGGCCCAACUCGUGCUACAAGCGCAUGCGUAUCCGCGGACACGACGGCUCGGUCCACGCGUUUGCGGUGCAGUUUCCGGCCGCCCGCCAUCUGCGCCGCGAGGAGCGUAUCUUCCAGUUGUUCCGCAUCUUUAACGACGGCUUGGCCAAGAAGGUGCAAAGUCGCCGGCGUAACAUCCAGCUCACGUUGCCGGUCGCGGUGCCGCUUUCACCGCACAUCCGCAUCCUCACUGACAAUGCGCAUGACGUGUCAAUGCACGCGGUGUACGAGCAGUUCUGCCGUGCCCGCGGCCAGAACCGCGACGAGCCGUUUGUGUACACGGUGCAGAAGUUGCGGGCGGCGUACGACCCACGCUUGCCGAAGCCGGACGUGAUGAGCAUCCGUGUGGAAAUCCUCAGCGCGGUGCAGUCGCUUCUUGUGCCAAGCACCGUGUUGAAAAACCACUUCACCGCGUUGUAUCCGCAGUACGAGGAUUUCUGGUUGUUCCGCAAGCAGUUCACCUCGCAGUAUGCGUCCUUCAUCUUUAUGACGUAUAUGAUGUGUAUUAAUGGCCGCCAACCGCAGAAGAUCCAUAUUGACGCGGGUUCGGGGAACAUCUGGACCUCAGACAUGCUUCCGUCGAAGGUGCCGAGUGGUCGCGUCAGCACCACCGCAUACGCGAGCAGCAAUAUGGAUGUGUCGACGCAGCGCGCAGCGCCCGUCUUCCACAACGGCGAGCCGGUUCCGUUCCGCUUGACCCCCAACGUCCAGAAGUUAAUCGGGGAGAGCGGGUUAGAGGGGAUUUUGUCGACGUAUAUUCUUACGAUUGCAAACUGCCUUUCGGAGCCUGAGUACGACAUGGAGCAGUAUAUGAGUCUCUUUGUCAGGGAUGAGGUGAUUUCAUGGUUCACCCAACAGCACCGCCCGAGCGCACAAGACCCGCAGUUGCGCGAGAUUGUGCGCGUGAACGUGGACUUUAUCGUGAAGAAGACUGCCUCAUUGGGGCACGUGAGCAGCGGUAAUUCGGUUGCAACGCAAUAUGUGUUGGAGUUGAUUUCACAGGCGGUGAAUCCGCGGAACCUUGCGGGGGCGGACAGCUUGUGGAUGGCAUAUUUAUAAGUCUUGUAUGGUGCUGGACGUGUUAUUUUCCUUUGUAUCCCUGGUAUAUCUGGAGGUCUGGGCGGAGUGUACCGU